AUGGCUGACAAUCUGAUUCAAAAGUCACAUAAAACUAGUGAGAAAAACAAGUAUAACAACGUUGUUCACCGUACGACGAGUGAAUCUCUUCGACUGAACGAGUCGGAGAAGGGGGUGACUCACCCGACAAGUCUGCAAGCCGCCCAUAACCCAAGGAAAAUAUCUUCAUUUCAGAUCACCAGUGUGACGGUCGGCUCGCGAGUGAGCACUGAUGCUGGCGAAGACUCUGCCGACGAUCUUGAUGAAUCUCACACCGACGACAUAUCGAGGGUGACUGACAUUGAGAAUGAAACGCCUAGUUAUUCCGAGGACACGUUCUCGAAAGAUGAUGUGUUUUACAACGCGUCAAGUGCAUCACUAGGUUGCGCCCCCGUCAUCCCGACCAGCUCGCAAUACGGGCUUGCGAUCGUCGGUCAGGACAACGCUACCAACCAGAUAGGAGGAGCAGUGCCAAAUAGUAAUAAUACAGAAGUGUCUGACAUGCAUGUCAGUGUUACUAACGCCGGAGCAGGCAGCAUCAUUAAUCUCAUAGGAAAUGCGAAACCCCAAGAAGGUAUGAAAGAAAUACAAGAACAUGUUAGGAAUGAACGGUUUAAAGUUGUGAAAAUAGAAAGCACUGAGCCUUUUCGUAGAGGUCGAUGGAUGUGUAUGGAUUACUUGGAUCAUACUACUCAGCAAAAUGCACCAAUCACUAUAAAUAAUAACCUUGAUGUAUCUGAGACUAAUACUCUGCAGGCUCCUGACAGUGGUGUAGUGAUUAAUGAUAGUCAACAUGAUGAAAUGUCAAAUGAUCUGACCAACAAAGGGCCUAAAGAUAUGCAAGGUAACGCUCCAACUGUGCAGCAACUAGAACAAACUCUUCAGAAACAAUUUCCAAUGGCAUCUCCUGGCCAAUCUUUGACUCAACCUCUUAAUGCAGUGCAGCAGCAAAUGCAACCAGUUACUCAGUCUGUAUCAGUACAGUCUCCACCCUUAGAAAUGCCACAACAGAUGCCAAAUCAAAAUCUGCAGGCAAACCAGCAGCAGGUGGGACAGCAGCACCCCCAGAGUAUGACGCACAUCACUAUGCAAAAUGCUCCACAAAACCAUCCUCAACAGACUCAACAACAGCAAGUGCAACAGAUCCCUCAGAGCUUCCCUCAGCACCAGCUUCAGCAAGUCAUUGCUCAGUCUCAGGGCAUGGCGAUGCAACAAAUACCAAUGCACCAGCAGAUGCCGCAGCAAAUGCAACAAAUACCAAACCAACAAAUGCAGCAAAUGAGUCAACACAUGCCCCAGGCGCAGAUACCAAACAUGCCUCAAAUGCAGCAACAAAUGCCCCAGAUGCAGGCUAUGUCAAAUCAAGGACAGAUUACGCAAGUGGCCACUCAGCAGCCACAAAUGCAACAAAUGCAGAUGCAGCAAAUACAAGGCCAACCUAAUCCACAAAUGCAUAUGCAGCAGACACAAAUUCCCAACAUGGGACAAACUCAUCACAUGCAAGGACAGCAGCCAAUGGGUGCCCAGCAGGCUCAACUCCAGCAUUUGCCAAGUCAAGCGCAGAUACAAGCUCUGCAAAACCAACAAAUACCCAAUCACAUUCAACAGAUGCAGAUGCCUACUCAACUCACUGGAACUAAUCAACAGAUGCCACAGAUGCAAACUCAAAUGCAUCAGUUGCCAUCACAGCCCCAGCAGUCAGUUGUACCUGGCAUGCAUCCUCAAAUGCAACAGCAGGGAAUGUCUGGAGUUCAGCAGCAGUACAAUCAAGCUGUGAGUCAGCAGUCCAAUGCUCAGUCUAUGAUUACAGCAACCAUGCCAUCAUCACAGCAGCAAAUGGUUCAACCUCAACACACAGUUCCUCAAUACCACACACAGCAAUCACAGAUGACCCAGCAGGGGCAAACUUUGCCUCAAGAGGUGCUCACUUCUAUAGUUACAUCACAGCAAGGUGCAACAUUACCUUCAAACCUACAACCAAUGCCUUCUCAACCACAAGGCUCAACAUUACCUGCGAAUCUUCAGAGCCUUACUGCUCAGCAGCAGCCUAAUACUGUACAUACUAUUGCUCCGCAGCAAGGGAAUGUGCCACAAGGAAACAUGAUGAUGACCGCAGCUCCACAGAAUAUGCAGAUGACUCUAGACGGGAAUCAGCCUAGUAUGAUACCCGCCUCAGAUCCUAUAUUCAUGCAGCCUACGAAUGUCGGUCAACAAAUGCCUGUCGGCCAGCACAUGGGACAGCAAAACCUGUUACCACAACAAGUGGGAGGACAGGCGCAGAUGGGCGGCGUGCAAUACGUGUCCAACCAACCCGUAGCGCAAGUCUCAAUGGCACACCAGAACAUUCCGAUGAUGCAGCCCAGCAUGCCGGUCGGUAUGGGCGGUGGAGUUCACCCGAACGUGGUGCAGUCUCAGACCAGCAUGGGUCUGAGCUACGGGAACGUGGUGCCGGUGAUGUCGCAGAGUAGUGUAGCGCCGGUCGAAGCGACCGUCUCGGGGACUAAUUCGCCGGUGGUGUCGAUGCCAGUGAGUUCUACCGCGUACGUAGCGAACACGGCGCAGCCGGGUCAUGACAGUCAGGGCUUCGGUAGCCCCGUGAGUGCGGUGUCUCAUGCCAUCAGUGGCGCGGUGAUGACCAGUGUGAAUGUGAAUGCAUGUGAUAGUGGUGCUCCGGAUGUGUCUGCGGACACACUGCAGGCUGGAGAUACUGGUGAUGGCAAGGAGGAGCCGCAGCCCGCGCCGCCACCAGAGGAUGAAAGAAAAAUAAUUGUAGUUUCCAAUGCAACUACCUACACCAGGAUAAAUAAUGAUUACUUAACUAUUGAAAUUUAUGACAUUAUCCUUCUGAUCAAAAUCACAUACACCAACAAAUGUGGUGAAAUUCGUCUCACAAGAAAUGGAAGUAUCAAGGCAACUUAG